AUGUCUGAACGCUCAAGCAGUCGGAUCUUCACCGGUUCCAGAGUUUUAGGUUAUGUUAGCACCCAUGUGCCAUUUGUUGCUAGAUUUAUCAAAAGGCGCGGUGAAACUCUUUUAUGUACAAGUGUAGGUAAAUGGUUCCAUACUUACGGUUGCGAUAAGUUUCGUUUACUUAGCGUAAGCGGUGAACAUCCCGGCCCUAUCACUUGCAUGAGUGGUGAUAAUUACCACGUCUAUACAGCUAGUGAAAAUAAUAUUUAUGCAUGGCGACGUGGUUGUGAACUUAAACAUGUCUACAAAGGACACUCUGCUGCAAUACACUUGAUGUUUCCUUUCGGCAUUCAUCUUAUUUCGAUUGAUGAAGAAAAUAUACUAAAAAUCUUUGACAUCAAGGAAGAGACGGAGUUCUUGGAACUCGGUUUUGAUGAAGACAGUUUUAAAAUAACUACAUUAUGUCAUCCACCAACAUAUUUGAACAAGAUAUUACUUGGUAGCCAGCAAGGUCAGUUGCAAUUAUGGAAUGUCAGGACUUCAAAGUUGGUGUUCACUUUCAAGGGCUGGGAUUCGUCUGUAGUUGUGACAGAACCAGCUCCUGCCGUAGAUGUAGUUGCCAUUGCCCUGGCUAAUGGUAAAGUUAUAUUACACAAUCUGAAAUUUAAUCAAGUUGUAAUGGAGUUCAUUCAUGACUGGGGAAUGGUCAGCAGUUUGUCAUUUAGAUUAGAUGGGGCUCCAGUAAUGAUAACCGGCAGUUCAAAGGGCCAUAUAGUAAUGUGGGAUCUAGAAGAAAGAAGAGUUCUCUCGCAAGUGCAAUCUGCACAUUACUCUAAAAUAGCUGGAUUGAAGUGUUUGCAGUCAGAGCCGCUGAUGGUUACAAAUUCUGAAGAUAAUUCUUUGAAGUUGUGGAUAUUUGAUAUGCCUGAUGGUGGAGCAAGACUUCUUAGGAGAAGGGAGGGUCAUUCACAGCCACCAAGUGUGGUUGCCCAUUGUGAGCCUACUGGGCACAAUCUUUUAGCAGCUGGUAGUGACAGUAGUCUCCAUAUAAUGAAUACUGUAUCAGAAACAUUCAACAAGAGUCUUGGGAAGGCAUCACACAACAGAAAAGCUUCAAAGAAGAAAAAGAGAUUGCAGGUGGACAACUUAAUAUUACCACCAAUCACAAAACUAAGUUCUUGUAUGCAGAGGGACAAGCAGUGGGAUAGCAUUGCUUCUUUACAUGAAGGUUUCUUUAUGGCUACCACUUGGUCAUACAAUAAAAUGCGAAUGGGGGACCAUAAGUUGAAACCACCAGCAACUGACAAAGGUGUAACAGCAAACUGCUUGACUGUAACACACUGUGGCAACUUUGUUCUUAUUGGAUACAGCAAUGGCGAAGUUCAUAAAUUUAACAUGCAAUCGGGCUUGCAUCGUGGAUGCUAUGGGAAAGAAAACAAGCUGGCACACAAGGGAGCACUCAGAGGGGUCGAGACAGAUCUUUGUAACCAGAGAGUAAUGACCGUUGGAGCGGAUGAUAAAUUAAAGUUUUGGCAUUUCAAAGAAGCAACAACACCUUUCCACGUUAUAAGAUUAGAAGAAUCGGCGACUAGUACAAAGUGUCACAGAGAAAGCGGGUUAUUGGCUCUUGCAAAUGAGGACUUUUCUAUUACAAUUGUAGAUAUCGACACUAUGAAUAUUGUAAGAAAGUUCGAUGGCCAUAACGGGAGGAUUACGGAUAUUGUAUUUGAUAUUCAGAGUCGGUGGCUAAUUAGCUCUUCCAUGGAUUGCACCGUUUGCACCUGGGACAUACCGAGUGCCCAACUAGUCGAUAUUUUCUCCGUAGAGCAACCUUGCACAUCACUCAGCAUGUCUCCAACGGGUGACUUCUUAGCAACGACACACGUGGGUGAACUAGGAAUAUUUCUAUGGGCGAACAGACUAUUGUAUGAAAAAAUAUUCCUUAAACCAAUAGACAAAAAUGCAGUUAGCAUACCAAAAUUGAAACUACCAAGCACAGUUCCAGAGAAACCAGACAUAGAGGACAUAGGAAUCAUAGACUUAGGAGAAGAGCCUGAAUAUAUAUCACCUCUUCAAAUUAGCGAAGAACUCAUUACAUUAUCUGACCAGCCCACGUCACGAUGGUUGAAUUUGCUCCAUCUAGAUGUUGUAAAAAAACGCAAUAAACCUAAAACACCGCUCACUGUGCCAAAAUCUGCUCCUUUCUUUUUGCCUACAAAAGCAAGCCUGGAACUAGAGUUCGAUUUAGAAAAAGACAAGGAUAACGGAGGAACGAAACUGUUAAUACCAGAUUCCUUAUCUACAUUGACAGCUUUCGCAAAGAAAUUAAUUGUUUGUGAGACGGAAGAUAAUUACGAGCAGUGUAUCGAGAAAUUGAAGACGCUAUCACCUACAGCCAUCGAAGCUGAAGUGACAAGUAUGGCGCCAGAUGAUGGUGGCAGUUUAGAUGUGAUGAAGCAAUUCCUGCUUAUGUUAAACGUAAUGCUUAAAAGCAAUAGAGAUUUUGAAUUAGCUCAGUCCUAUUUGAGUUUGUUUUUAAAGAUGCACACGAAAUUCGUGUCUCAAAAUGAGAAACUUCGUAAAUCUUUACUUUUAGUUGAAGAAUCUUCAGCGGAAGCUUGGUCUAAGUUACAAAGUCAGUUAUUGUAUAAUAUAUGUGUUGUUAAAGCGUUAAAAGAAAUGUAA